AUGGUUACUGGAGACAACGCAGUCACUGCAAAGGCAAUUGCUUCGGAAUGCGGCAUUUACACGGACGGCAUCGUGAUGGAGGGCCCCGACUUUCGCCGACUUUCCGAUGCCGAGAUGGACAACAUGCUUCCAAACCUCCAGGUCCUGGCACGGUCUUCCCCUGAAGAUAAGAGGAUCCUGGUAUCGAAGCUGAAAGCCUUAGGUGAGACUGUGGCUGUCACAGGCGAUGGCACGAACGACGCUCCGGCUCUCAAGGCUGCUGAUAUUGGAUUCUCGAUGGGUGUAUCUGGCACCGAAGUUGCUAAGGAAGCGUCUUCUAUCAUCCUCAUGGACGACAAUUUCACAUCGAUCAUCACCGCUCUCAAGUGGGGUCGGGCGGUCAAUGAUGCGGUUCAAAAGUUCUUACAGCUACUCUGGGUUAACUUAAUCAUGGACACCUUUGCAGCGUUAGCACUAGCUACCGACCCUCCAACCGAGAAGAUUUUGGAUCGUCCUCCGCAGGGCAAGAAGAAGGCAUUGAUUACAACUAAUAUGUGGAAGAUGAUCAUUGGGCAGUCUAUCUACCAAUUGAUAGUGGCACUUGUUCUCUACUUUAGCGGAGGCGCCAUUCUCAACUACGACCUGAAUGAUCCCGAUAAGAAACUUGAGUUGGAGACAAUCGUCUUCAACACCUUCGUAUGGAUGCAAAUCUUCAACGAAUUCAACAAUCGGCGACUCGACAAUAAGUUCAAUAUCUUUGAAGGCGUUCACCGAAACCUGUUUUUUAUUGUGAUCAACUGCAUCAUGGUUGGACUGCAGCUCGCGAUUAUUUUCAUCGGGUCCAGAGCUUUCCAGAUUUCCCCUGGCGGUCUUGACGGUACACAAUGGGGUAUCUCAAUUGUCGUUUCGGCGCUCUGCCUGCCCUGGGCCAUUCUCGUUCGCCUCUUCCCCGAUGCUUGGUUCGCUGCCAUUGCAGAACUCGUUGGCAGGCCAUUCCUGACGUGUUACUUUAUGUUGAGCACGGGUAUUACUUCUCUAAUAGGAGCAUUUAUAAGAAAGAGGGAGGAAGAUGCUGAAUCAGGCCGUCCGCCAAUGGUGGUUGUCUCGAAUGACCAUGGUAUCAGGGACCAAGAGAAGAUCUGA